CUAACCGUCCAAGAUGGCGAUGUUCAAAGGGCGAAUAAUUUUUCAUGGUCCAUUUUUCAAACGUAUCUUCCGAAUGAAGCGUUUUACAGGCAUGCACUUUUGUACAGAACCUGCCAAGGACUUCUCCAGUGUGCUGUUAAAAAAUCGAGGCCAUAUCGAUGUUUUUGGCGAAGAUUCAGUUAAGUUUCUGCAAGGGCUUUUGACAAACGACGUGAACCUUUUUCACUGCGAUAGUCUCAUGACCUCGAUAUUUGCUAUGAUGUUGAAUACAAAAGGGCGUGUGUUAUACGAUCUUAUUUUAUAUAAACAGAAGCAAGAAACCCCAGGAUUUUUGAUUGAAUGUGAUUUACAGGCUGUUGGGAGCAUUUUAAAAACUUUUAAGCCGUACAAAUUGAGGUCCAAGGUAUCAUUCAGUGACGUUACCGACAAGUUUAACUCUUGGGCUGUUGUGGAUGAAGGGGCCAUUGCAGGUUUGAAAAGGACCGGACAGGACGAUGUGAUUUUAGUUGAAGAUCCGAGGAUCGUGUCGCUUGGCGCGAGGUUGGUUUUGCCGAAAAGCAAAGGAGCAGCGGAGUACUUCAGUAAUGUUAAAGAGAUCAGUGAUGAAGCUGUUUAUGACAGGCAUAGGGUGAGAUUGGGCGUUGCUGAGGGGGUGCAGGAUAUUGAGCCUGGGACACCCUUGCCACUCGAGUAUAAUAUUGCUGAGUUGCAUGGAGGUUAGUGUGAUAGAUGACUUGAUUUUUGCAAAGUCUGUGUCGUGGACAUGUCUGACACAACUGUCGAUGUUGACGCACAAAUCGGUGCAGAAUAGCUCAUUGUGUUGUCUAUUGGGUUAUUCCAGAAAACAUCCAAUACCACCCCCACAGAGGAAAUUGGAAGUUAACCCUCCUACCACCUUCAGAUGUCCUAACACAUUUCCUACUAUCAGAAACAAUUUUUUCUCCCCUCCCCCUCCGGAUGGCAGAAAUUCCAUCUGUGUGGGGAGUGUGGAUCUUUUCUGGAAUGACCCAUUGUGAUAUCUUUUUAACACAGAAAUGGCACACAAUUCUCAAAGGCCAUGUAAAAAGUCUGUAAUGUAAACAAAUGCUUUGUUUACAUUUUGAUCUCAGUGCUACAGUUGUAAAAUAUGAUUAGAUAUAUAUGAAUUUUUAACACUCUUCUGGUUUGCUAUGCUUGUAAAUGAAUACAGACUAAAGAUUAAAUUCAAGAAAGUUUGGCAGGUGCGAAAUAUUAAUAACAUUCCAAUGGUCAGGUCCCGACCAUUGGCAUGUACCAUUGGAAUGUAGGCCUGCACAGAACGUUGUCUUUGCCUAAUUUCCCCCAACAGAUUGUUCAUCUCUGGUGUAAAUCGAACUGAUACCUCAUGAAGAUAGCAUGUAGAAGGAGGAUGUUAAUAAUUUCUGUUUAUUUUUUCUAGUAUCAUUUCAAAAAGGGUGCUACGUAGGACAGGAAUUGACCGCAAGGACGUACCAUACUGGGGUAAUACGAAAACGACUCGCGCCUAUAAAACUAAAACAAACAUCUAACAAGGAACAGUUCCUCAUUGACAAAGGCACUGCCAUUAAGACAACAAGUGGGAAACGAGCUGGCAAGCUAAUUAGCGUUUAUGGAGACCUUGGUCUAGGUUUAAUGCGGAUUGACGUUGUUAAUUCUGCCGAUGGACUGAUAAUUGCAUCAACCGAUGGUAGUGAAGUUGGCGUCACUGUAGAUUGGCCAACAUGGUGGAAUUUGGAAUGACAUAUAUUUCUGUUUAAAACAUUUAUCUAGCUUGUAAAAAAUAGAAAUUUCUGUAAUAUAUUAUAUAAUUA